AUGGCUCGUUCUCUGGAAGGCAAGCUCGGUAUUGUCACCGGUGCAUCUCGAGGCAUUGGUAUCGCCAUCGCCGAGAACCUUGCUUCGAAGGGCUGCAACCUCGUACUGGGUUACACUUCCCCUUCCUCUAAGGCCCCCGCCGAACAGCUGGCCGCCGACCUGCGAGCAAAGCACAACAUCCAGGCUCUGCCUGUACAGGCCGACAUGGGCGACCCCACCGGCCCGCGCUCCCUCGUCGAGACCGCAAAAGCCCAUUUCCAAAAGGACGGCAAGUUCCAAGUCGAUGUGAUCAUCAACAACGCCGGCGUCGCCCAGAACAAUCUCCUUCCAGACGUCACCAUUGAACAAUUUGAUGUCUCCUAUCGUGUCAACGUUCUCGGCCCUCUAUUGUUGGUCCAGGCUGUCCAGCCCUAUCUCCCUACCGACAGGAGCGGCCGCAUCGUAAACAUGUCCUCCGUGUCUUCCUCCCUGGGCUUCCCGGAGCAGAGCGUCUAUGGCGGCACCAAGGCGGCGCUGGAAGCCAUGACGCGCACAUGGGCGCGCGAGCUCAGCGAGAACGCCACCGUCAACGCAGUCAACCCAGGUCCCGUCCUUACGGAGAUGUACGCAAGCAACACGCCCGAGUUCAAGCGUUAUAUUAAGAACUUCAUCGAGCAUACCCCCCUCAUGCGCGCUCGUAAGGGAAUUGACUCGGACGAGUUGGUUGCCGAUGCUGAGGAGGCUGGCGGACGCCCCGCUUACGUUGGAGAGAUUGCCGGUAUCGUGGGCAUGCUUGUCUCUGCAGAGUCGGCAUGGUGUACUGGUCAGGUUGUAUGUGCCAACGGCGGCAUGCUGUACCCCUUCGACGACGUCCUCAACCUUGAGGAACAAUUCUUCUCAGAGGGCUACAGGCAGGGAACCGAGGACGGCAUCCUGGCCGGCAAGAUCGAAGGCCGCUCCGUUGGCCUUGCAAAAGGUUACGAAAAGUUCCUCGAGAGCGGAAGGAUACACGGAAAAUCCGUUGUCUGGGCCAACAGGCUGUCUCUGCCACAAAAGACUGGGGUCGUUACCUCGUCUUCCGACAAGGAAGCUCAGCAGCAAACACCAACAGAGUUAAAGACUUGCUCACUACCACUCUUGGCACCCAACGCGAGACUGGAGAAGAAUGUCACCGCAGCUUUUGCUUUGGUUGAGCCGGACACUCUCUCUACACAGAACAGCGAUGAUGCCGUCAAUGACUUUGACGACAGAUUCAAGAGGGCUCAGGGCAAGGUGAAAAUCAUUGAGAGGAUGACUGGAGAGGGUUCUACAACCAAAGAUGCGACCGAGGCUUCUAAGAGUACUGAGGCGAAGGAGCACUGA